UAGGUCGUCGUCUCGUCCUCGUAUUUUUCAUUUUUUGGGCUCCUAAUCUUAAACUGCAAAUAUAUGGUGUUUGUUCGUGGCCACCAUCUACCUUAGGUCUCUUCUAUCUACUCCGCACAACUCUCAUCUCCUCCUACUCGUAGGCUGUAACUAAGCAUACUUAACUAUUUCCUCCGCCUCCGCCUCCAAUUCGCCAUUCUCCGACUUCUCCACUCCGCUAACUGCCUUUUAGGGCUGCAGAAUUCACUGUUUUUAGUUAGUUCGUAUCAGGCAUGAUGAGCAGAUCCAGUCGGCAUAAAGACAAGUAUGGAAGAAGUAGUGAGAUGUCUCAAGAUCACCAGUAUGAAGGAACUGCUGCACGGACUAGACCGUUCAGCUUUGAUGAGAUUAUGUCUAUAAGGAAAAACAAGAAAGCAUCUGAAAUUUUGGAAGGAGAAUUAAAAGAUAUAUUAGGAGGUGUUAUUAAUGAGAAAGCUUCUGAUCAUAGAUCUGAAAGGGGUAAUGGCCACAAUGAAGAAUCUUCAACUGGUCUCCGACAGCACUUGUCAGAGGAACAUGGCAAGGCGAGUUACAGAAAAAAAGAAGAUAAUGUUUCCAUGAAGGAGGAUUAUAUAGCCAAAGGCAGAGAUAGAGAUGUUCGAGAUUCAGAAACAAAAUCAAAGGCCAAAAUGAAUGAAGAUAUGAGAACUGAAGUUAAAGAAAAGACUAAUGAAAAAAUUCAUGACAGGAGAAAAGGUGAUAAGCGGCCAAGCAAUAUUUCUGAAAGCGAAGCUGUGAAGAAGCAUUCAAGAGAGGUGCAGAAAGAUAGACAUGUGGACAAAAGUAGAGGAAAAUCUGAAAGAGAAAGAAAGGAAAAAUACAGGAAUGGUAUUGACGAUAAAAGUAGAGACAGGAAUGCUGCAAAGAAACAUGAUUUAGGAAAAGGGCAUCAUUUAGAAACUUCUGAGAGAAAGGAAAGGAAGGAAUCUUCAAAAUCUCAUCAUGAAGAAUUAAGGCUGAAAAGGAGACGAUCAAGGAGCCGAGAGCACGAGGACAGAAAUAGAAGGUCUAUUUCACUCUCACCAAGGGCUCACAAACGUGGUUCUUAUCACAAAAGAGAACAUGUGGAAUUGUCCUCGCAUUCUGUCAAAGAAAGGUCUGGACGACAACAAUCUGAUGCUGAAAAUAACCAACUUACAAACAGUAGUUCUAGUAGGCAUCAGAGGAGACAUGGUGGCUUUGCAAGUGGGCUUGGUGGCUAUUCACCAAGGAAGAGAAAAACUGAGGCCGCUGUUAAGACUCCUUCCCCAGCUAAACGCUCACCAGAGAAGAAAAGUGCUAAAUGGGACCUUGCACCAGAAGAAACAAACAAUGUCUUUCCUGCUGUGAUUCUCUCUAAUUUUCAAUCACCAAACCAAACUGCUUCUUCAAAUAUACAUGAAGUGGUCAGUGCUGUUCCUGUUGUUUCAGCUCCAAUGAAGCCUCUUUCCGGGGUUUCACUCAGUUCUUUGUCAACCGCUACGAAAGUUGCCACUGAAUCCAUUCAACUUACACAAGCGACCCAUCCUACAAGGAGGCUUUAUAUGGAGAACAUUCCAGCUUCAGCCUCUGAGAAAGCUGUGAUGGACUGUCUUAAUAACUUUUUGAUUUCUUCAGGCGUCCAUCAUAUCCAAGGAACCCAACCAUGUAUAAGCUGCAUUAGGCAAAAAGAAAAGGGCCAAGCUCUUGUGGAAUUUCUGACUCCAGAGGAUGCUUCAGCAGCUCUCUCUUUUGAUGGCCGUUCCUUCUCAGGCUCCAUUAUCAAAGUCAGACGGCCCAAAGACUUUAUUGAAGUGGCAACUGGUGAACUAGAAAAAUCAGCAGCUGCAAUUGAUGCAAUUGGUGAUAUUGUUAAGGAUUCACCUCACAAGAUUUUCAUUGGUGGAAUUUCAAAGGUUCUUUCUUCUAAAAUGCUCAUGGAGAUUGCUAGUGCCUUUGGACCUCUGAAGGCAUACCAGUUUGAGAAUAGUAAGGAUCCUGAUGAGCCAUUUGCCUUCCUAGAGUAUGCAGAUGAAUCGGUUACUUUCAAGGCUUGUGCGGGUCUCAAUGGUAUGAAGUUAGGAGGGCAAGUAAUAACUGCCAUUCAAGCUGUUCCAAAUGCAUCCUCCUUGGGAAGUGAUGGAAAUUCACAAUUUGGCCAGAUCUCUCAGCAUGCAAAGGCACUUCUUGAGAAGCCUACAGAAGUCUUAAAGCUUAAAAAUGUGUUUGAUUCAGAAAGCCUUUCAUCCCUAUCUAACACGGAAGUUGAAGAAGUAUUGGAAGAUGUGCGUUUAGAGUGUGCCAGGUUUGGCUCUGUUAAAUCCGUUAAUGUUGUCAAGUAUGCUGCAAUUACCAUAUCCACUUCAAAAUCAUGCGAAUUCAAUGAUGAUACGGUAUCUGCUGAAGCUACACAAAGCUUAGGUUGUGAUGGAACAAAUCCUAAAACAAGGAACAUCAGAGGAUCUAUUGACCAAAAGUUUAUGGAAGGCAACAGCAUUGGUGAUGAUAAACCAGCAAGUGAUGUCAUGGAGGAUGAGCCAUGCCAACCAGGUCAGGUUGACAGUGAUAUGGCUGUUCAAGACUUAGCAUGCAAGAGUUCAUCUGAUUCUCAAGAACCCCCUCAAGAUGUGUCAGACAGCAAUGUUGACAAGGUCACUGAUGACAUUGAAAUUGAGGAAGUCGAUGUGGAAAACCAAUCAACAGCUGGAGAAGAUUUGAAUUUGAAGGAGGUGGGAGAUAACAAAUUAAUGGCUGGAGAAGAGUUGAAUCUGGAGGAAGUCAGUGGAGAUGUUGAAAAGGCUUUUGUGAAUGAUAGCAUGGAAGUGAAACCAAAUUCUAUUGAGAAGGGAGAUUGCAAGGAACAGGAUUGUAAUCUUGGACUCAUUUUUGAGCGGGGAUGUGUUUUUGUGGAGUUUAGAAGAACGGAAGCCGCAUGCAUGGCAGCGCAUUGUUUACAUGGAAGGUUAUUUGAUGACCGUGCUGUGGUGGUGGAAUAUGUUCCUCUUGAUAUUUUCCUUGCCAGAUUUCCAAAAUGAUUGUUUUAGUAGAUGCCAUGGACUAAUGGGAAAACCACGUGCAUGCAGACUGACGAGGGGAUUUUCUGUUCAUGCCUGGUAAAACACCCACCCUUUUUGACAUUUUGAGCAGUGUUGAACCUUUGUUUAAUCUCAACCUUUUUCCAUAUGACAUGUCGGAGAACAUGUUUUUUGAACUGCAGGGAAACUUGCAAAAUGCUGAAAUCAUAGUCACUGGUUGGAGUAUGAAAGUUUGAGGAUCUGGGUUGGUCUGAACUAGGUUGAUCUACUGAAUUGAUCAUUCACGUAAUGGGGCUAGUAGAGUUACAUACAUGAAGGAUAAGGCUGAAAGAGACAUUUGCUAAUGUAAUAUUUUCCUUUCUUGCAUAUGCAACAAGUACGUUGAAGGUCAAGGGUUCAACUCCUAAUUCCAAAGUGGGAUGAUAAUUCAUCGCUUGCGAUA